AGCUCUAUUGGUCCUAGUCCCACUAACCCGACUGAGAGAGUGCCCCGUACGCGAAGGAACUGUUUUUGGUGAGGACUGUACUGUGCCCUAAUCGUCUGGGAGCGAGACCUGGCUUUCUUAUCGUGAAGAAGAGGACGACGAAAAUCAAAAUCAUGCCCUUCUCCGAUAGAUCCAUAUAUCAACGAUGCCUCUCCUCCUCCUCCUAUCGUGCUUGAUCUCUUCCGCCACACCUCCGAUAGUGAGUCGGUUGGCUCGUUUUCUGCAUCCGUAGAUUCCCGUUAUUGCUCCUCACGUUUUGACGCGGUUUUGAAUUUUGAAGAUGGAACCGAUGGAUAUUGUGGGUAAAUCGAAAGAGGAUGCGUCGCUUCCUAAAGCAACUAUGACAAAAAUUAUUAAAGAGAUGUUACCCCCAGAUGUUCGUGUUGCAAGAGAUGCUCAAGAUCUUUUGAUAGAGUGUUGUGUAGAGUUUAUAAACCUUGUGUCAUCAGAGUCCAAUGAAGUAUGCAGUAGAGAGGAGAAACGGACAAUUGCGCCUGAGCAUGUGCUCAAAGCCUUAGAGGUUCUUGGGUUUGGUGAGUACAUCGAGGAGGUUUAUGCUGCAUACGAGCAACACAAGCUUGAGACUAUGCAGGACUCUUUAAAAGGUGGUAAAUGGAGCAAUGGAGCAGAGAUGACAGAGGAAGAAGCAGCAGCAGAGCAGCAAAGGAUGUUUGCUGAGGCACGUGCAAGAAUGAAUGGAGGAGCUAUUGCAACCAAGCAACCAGAGAGUGACCGAAGUUUAGAGAGCUAACCUUAGGGGCUUUUAUUUUGUUAAAACCAUAGGCAAGCAUCCUUGACUCUUCAUUUUGUGCGUCUAAUCUCUCCCUCUCUCUUGAUAUAGUGUACAAAAUGUCAUUUGGCAAGUGCACUAGCCUACUUCGCUGUGCACUUGGAGUUGUAUCUCAAACUUAUUUAUCAUUUCUAUAACCUAAAUGUAAUUAGUGCAAGUCCAAAUCCA